UUGGCAGGUAACCAUUUAGCCAGUCAAAUUCCAACGUCAAUUGUGGCUCCAUUGAAAUUGAUUUGGACAUUGAGCUAUUCGAUACGUUGAGAGAGAAGACGUGCAGUAGUUAAAAUUGUAAUGGAACACGGCCACUUUUCAUAUGUGUUGCAAUGAACUGAACAAUCUUUAUGGCUCCGUAGUCACGUUCAAUCAACUUAGAUCAGCGUUCCCGUAACGUCUCAUUACGGUAAUGCCUCAGGUGUCAUCGCUUUGGUUUUUUGUUCUCAUUUUGAACCUGUGCUCGAGUCCGAUCCACGUUGAAAUGUCAAAUGAUGAAAUCAGAAAGCAUCAUUUUAGGUAAGUACAUGGGUGUCGAUUGUACUCGUGUUUAAUGUGUCGUACGAAAGAGACGCCAUUCGCAGUUUAGCCACCAUCGAACGCGUACAACUUGUCCAGAUCCACAAACACGAUGAAGAGCCUUGUGCUGAUUCUGAUGCUGAAUGUUGGGAUGUGGGCGAUUCACAUUGAUCCUGAUACAGACGAGUUCUGGGAAGAUAGUAAUGUUGAAUACAUUUACAAUGAUGUUGAGUUUCUUCCCAGUAGGCCGUUGACAUUCGUUGAAAGCCAAGAAACAAGGCCGGUUGAAGUUGUUGAAGUCCCCGCGACGUCAUUGCCGAAACCCACGUCAACCAUCGCUGAGCCAUCAACGACUACAUCUGCAACGAUGGCACCUUCGGUAACAAAGGAAAAACUCACGACUGUAUCGACAACGACCAUUGAAACUAGUACUUCAACCACUAGCCCAACCACUAGCCCAACCACUACCCCAACGACUACCCCAACGACUACCCCAAACGACUACCCCAACGACUACCCCAGCCACUUCGACAACCACUUCGACAACCACUACGCCAACCACUACGCCGACUACUACGCCAACGACUACUCCAACGACUACUCCAACGACUACACCAACGACUACACCAACGACUUCGCCAACGACUUCCCCAACGACUUCACCAACAACUUCACCAACGACUUCGCCAACGACUUCGCCAACGACUUCGCCAACGACUUCGCCAACGACUUCGCCAACGACUUCAACAACGACGGAGCCAACCACUACGCCAACGACGGAGCCGAAGACAGAGCCAACUACUACACCAAUCACUACACCAAUCACUACGCCAAUCACUACGCCAAUCACUACGCCAAUCACUACGACAAUCAAUACGACAAUCACUACGCUAACGACGGAGGCAAUGAUGGAGCCAACCACCUACGCCAACGACGGAGCCAACCACUACGGCAACGACGGAGCCAACCACUACGGCAACGACGGAGGCAAUGACGGAGCCAACCCCUACGCCAACGAUGGAGC